AUGCAGGCGCGCUACUCCGUGUCCAGCCCCAACUCCCUGGGCGUGGUGCCGUACCUCGGCGGGGAGCAGAGCUACUACCGAGCGGCGGCGGCGGCGGCCGGCGGGGGCUACGCGGCCAUGCCGGCCCCCAUGAGCGUGUAUUCGCACCCGGCCCACGAGCAGUACCCCGCCGGCAUGGCCCGCGCCUACGGGCCCUACACGCCGCCGCCGCAGCCCAAGGAUAUGGUGAAGCCGCCCUACAGCUACAUCGCGCUCAUCACCAUGGCCAUCCAGAACGCGCCCGAUAAGAAGAUCACCCUCAACGGGAUCUACCAGUUCAUCAUGGAGCGCUUCCCUUUCUACCGGGACAACAAGCAGGGCUGGCAAAACUCCAUCCGCCACAACCUGUCCCUCAACGAGUGCUUCGUCAAAGUGCCCCGCGACGACAAGAAGCCCGGCAAGGGCAGCUACUGGACGCUGGACCCCGAUUCCUACAACAUGUUCGAGAACGGCAGCUUCCUGCGCCGCCGCCGCCGCUUCAAGAAGAAGGACGCCGUCAAGGACAAGGAGGAGAAGGACCGCCUGCACCUCAAGGACCAUGCCCCGCCGCCGCCGCGCCCGCCGCCCACCGCCGCCACCAGCGCCGAGCCCGAGGGCGGGGGCCCUCCCGCGGCCGGGGCCGCUCCGCCGCCGGUGCGCAUCCAGGACAUCAAGACGGAGAACGGCACGGCCUCCCCGCCGCAGGCCGUGUCCCCGCCGGGCGCCGCGCCGCCGCUGGGCGCCGUGCCCAAGAUCGAGAGCCCCGACAGCAGCAGCAGCCUCUCGAGCGGCGGCAGCCCCCGCGGCGGAGCGCUCCCCGCCGCCCGCUCCCUCGGCAUGGAGGGCCCCGAGCCGCCUCCUCCACCUCCUCCACCUCCUCCUCCUCCCCCCCCUCCGCACCAUCACGGGCCGGGCUUCAGCGUGGACAACAUCAUGACCUCGCUGCGGGGCUCCCCGCAGGCGGCCGAGCUGGGCGCCGGCCUGCUGCCCCCCGCCGCCGCCGCCCCGCGCAGCUCGCUGCCGCCCGCCCUCUCGCUCGGCGCCUACUCUCCGGGCCACAGCUCCGCGGUAUACGGCUCGCCUUGCGGCCAGCCCGCUGCCGCCGCCGCCGGCUCCUACCACUGCAACAUGCAGGCCAUGAGCCUGUACGCGGCGGCGGGGGGCAACGAGCGGCCCGGCGGCCACCUGCCCGCAGCCAGCCCCGCCGAGGAGCCGCUGCCCGACUACGCCAUGCCCGGAGGGGGCGGCGGCGGAGCGGCCAACGGCGGCGCGGGGAGCGGCGGCGGCCCCGGUGGCGGCGGCGGCGGCGGCGGCGGGGCAGGGGGCGGCCACCAGGAGGGGCACCACCCGCACCCGCACCCGCACCAGGGCCGCUUGGCUUCCUGGUACCUCAACCAGGCUGCUGCGGCGGCGGCGGCGGCGGCGGCGGCGGCGGGGGAGCUGGGCUACGCGGGGCCGCAGCAGAGCUUCGCCGCCGGUCCGCGGGACGUCUUCGAAGCGCCGGAUGGGGCUCAGCGCCUCGCCCGGAGGCGGAGGAGGCGGCGGCAACGCGGGGAGCGGCGGAGGAGCGGGGGGCGGUGGCAGCUGUCAGAUGGCGUUCCCGGCAGCCAGCCGCUGUACCGCGCCUCCGGGGCCUUCGUCUACGACUGCGGCAAGUUCUGAGCGCGGCCCGCCGCCCGCCGCCCGCGUGCGGGGCGGUGAGAGGACGGCGGUGCCCGCUCCCACUUGGAUGGUGCGGACCAAACGCCACAAAGUGUUUCCCCUUCCCCGAGAAGUGUCGUUAACACGGACUGAAACGCUGAUAUUUUUUUUUCACUCUAUAUAUAUAAAAAAAGGGAAACUGUAUUAAUCUUAUUCUAUCAAUAUUUUUUCCUGUUUUUUUUUUUUUUUUUCGUUGAAAAUAUCCCGAAGGUAUCGCGUUGUUUGUUUAUUAAUAAAUUACCGUUCAGUUGGAA